UCAAACACGGAUGUAGUUGUUUUUAACGUCUCGUAAACUAAACUAAGUUAAGUUUCAGCCUAAAGAGCCGUAUUUUAAAAUCAUUAAGUUAUCUGGACACGGUCGAGUGGAGACACUGAACUCUAACAGAGAUGGAAGAAGCAGAGACUGUAUCGAUACUUCCCAGAAAAGAGUUGCGUAAGCAGAAGCUGAUGGAAUACCUGGCAGCAAAAGGAAAGCUGAAACAGCCUAACCCUAAGCCAUAUCUCCGGGAUGACUGUCAGGUUAAGAAGCCUGUGACACUAAAGGUUGUUACAGGAAAAGAAAACAAGGCUCCAGCUCACAGUCUCAGCAGUGACCUCACAAAAACCACAAAGCCCCCUCCCAGAAUGGCGUUUGGCAUCACAAACAAAAAUACUGUAAAAGAUAGCGUCCUGACUGGACGGAAGAGCAGUCGCCCUCGUGCAACAACUGGCCAAGCACAACCAAAACAUACUGACAACCAUGUGUUCACAAGAAUGAAUUCUGUUGUGUCCUCCAAAUCCAGCCUGAAUGCAGCUUCUUCAAAUUCAGCUCAUACUGCUGUGCCCAAAUCAAAUAGCAGAUUUGGCAGUAGCUCAAAUGCUGUCCUGUCACUUCCAGUAAAAACAGUUAGUUCCAGGAUGAGCCUCGGCCCUGUUGUCAAAACCAGAACAGGCCUUAUCCCAGCAGUGACCCAGCCAAGACACGGUCAGAGUCAAAACUUAACCCAGACCUCUACCAAAGCAGCUAAUAAAUCUGAGGCCAACACCUCGUCAUCGGUUUCUGUUUCCAUGAAGUCUGCCAAGGCUCAGAGAAAAACAUUACCUACCACUGCUCUAUUAGAUAGAACAGCUGUUACUUCGACUGCAAGAGACGGGAUUAAAGUUCAAGAUCACAACAAGUCUAACUCUAGACCACUUUUGAGUAAACAUUCUCAGCCAUCCUGUAAAAGUCAAUUCUCAAGUGGACUGAAAUCAAUGUCCAGCAACUCCAACUGCACAGCUGCCCCUAUUAAGCCAUCAGGGAGAGUUGGGAUGUCAAAAACAAAACAAACAGCUGGACAGCCCACUGACAGGGCCACAAAGCUAAAAUCUGAGGGUGAUGGGCAGAAAAAUAUGAAACAUUGCAGAGUUCACUCCAGGACAUCCUCGGGACCAGCGGGCCCGCGCUGCUCCAGCAGUGUUAUGCAAGCUGCUGAGGCUGAGCUGGGAGGGAAACCCAAGACAUGUAAAGAGACAGAUAGCAAGAAGGGACAGAUUUCAGCAAAUGCCCCGCCACCAAAAACCGGUAUAAAAUUAACAAGUGCUUCAGCGUUGCCCCAGACAGUGCCACGGCCUGCCAGGACCAUCUGCUACACAGACCAGGCCACAGACACGAGGACGCCAAAGGGUCCAGCCAGGGUCCUUCCCCACACUGAGGGAAAGAAACUGACUGCUGUGCAGGUGGAAAGAAUCAUCUGAAGAAAAUGAUGCAAAGGAUGACCAGAGUUCAACUCCUGUGAGUAACAACAACCCAAUGAUGACUCCUAACCCUGCCAGAGCCCUUAUUCUUGGGGAGAGAGGAGACUCAUCUGUUGUAAAGUACAAGAUUACAGCAACUCCUGGUGGCCCUCCAAACCAACACAAAGAACCGGCACGCGUCAACGGCCAGGAGGUUCGCUUCUUCACCCCCGUUAGACGCUCCGUGCGAAUCGAGAGAGCCUCACUCCGAUACCCUGCGUCCCUCCAGGACCAUGAUCUCUGCGUGGCCUCCUACAAUGACCUGAUCUCUGAGGAGGAGAGAAGAGAAGAACAGCGGGGUGGCGAGACCAGCCCAUCUGCUAACAGCACGCCAAUGUAUGUCUACAGACAGAACGAAGCACUUCAAGACAAGGUGCUCGUCCAGCUAGUCUACGAUGAAGGCAUUUAGCUUUAGGUGCCAACUUUAGCUUCACCAGUUUGCCGUUGUUAAAUUCAGAUUUUCAGAAUUUGUAACUGUUUACACAGCAGCAAGAAAAAAAGUAAAAUGUAUGUGUGUGCUUUGGUGUUGUCAGAUCUCACCCUUUUGCUGGAAAAGAAUGUUAGUUUUAUCCUUGUAAAGAUAGGACCUGAUAUUUUAGGUAAUGAGCUGUUUUAUAGCAUGAAGUAUUUUUUCCACUUGUUCUUAUCCAUUUGGUCCUUGUAUUAUUUUGUUCCUUCUACUAAUGUGUACAUAGUACAUUAUGUAAAAUAAAUGUGUUUUUUAAACCUAUAAAGUAUAUCCCCUGCCCUUUAUUAAUCUUGAUCUAGCAUUAGCAUGUGUUCUCUACACAACAGCUAGUAUUACAAAAGUACACAGAAACUGUCAGUUGUUUUUUGCCUUUGGCAUGUCUGAGUUGGUGGAAAAUGUAUUGGUUGUUUGUACAUUAUGUAUUAUUAGCAGACCUGUCCCACCCCUGAAUGACAUGCUAAAAAUUAUUGUAGCGAUACCAGUGAUACAAGCAUGAGUAAACAGUGCUGACGUUAAAAA